AUGCCCUCGAGACUGCUGAUAAUCAAUCCCAACGGGUCGAGUGCGAUUACCCAAUUGAUCAAAUCGGGGAUCGACCACCAUUUGGAUCCAGAGACACUAACCACAUAUUGGACGUGCCCUGAUGGGCCUCCGGUUUUGCAAAGCCACGAUAUCGACGAAAACGCGGAUCAAUGUUUUUCUCUCCUGCUCGAUAUCAUUGGAGAUUAUGACGCCUUCUUGUUGGCGUGCUAUGCAGUCCACCCACUUGUCACGCUAUUGCAAGCUCGAGUCGGCCCUAAACCGGUCGUGGGUAUUUUUGAAGCAAGCAUAUGCGCUGCUCUGCGUGACCUCCAACCCACUAAACACUUUGCAAUCCUAACAACGGGAGAAGCAUAUGAGAAGCACUUGGAAGAUGGUGUGCUACGCCUAAUCGGCAAAUCUCGAGCAAAUUCUUUUUUUGCUGGGGUGGUCGCAACCAGCAUAGGCAUACAUGACCUGGCCAAAGAGUCGCAAGGAACAAUCAAAGCGAAGAUGAAAGCAGGGGUGAAGAAGUUACUCGGCAAGUGUGACAUUGCAGCUAUUUGUAUAGGUGGUGUGAUCUUAUUCGGAAUGGAACCUCUUAUCAGAGAAGCAUGUCAAGAAGAACUGGGAAGGGAAGCUGGCCGGGAGAUAAUCGUUGUCGACCAAUUUGAGGCAGGUGCCGUUAUGGUGCGAAAUGCCCUCGAAAACAAAUAA